AUGCCACAGGAGUACCAGAGACUAGGCACGGGCUCCAGCCGGUCUCGGAACGAGGAAGAGACUUUUCCCUCGAGCCCUCCGCGAUAUAACGAUAUCGACGGCAACUACGAACGAAACGAGUCGUCGUCAGCUUACAUGGAGCAGUUUGAGAUAGAAGAGCCGGUGGAGGAGCAGUCGCUACUAAAUAGAGCCCAUUCGUUUUCCAAAAAGUUUGCCAACAACGUGCAAACACGAAUAAUCCACCCCGUCACGCGCAUGAUCGACCCAAUAUACGAAGGGUACAAGUUCUUGCAGUUGCAAUACGAGAGACUGAUACUCAAGCUCGGGAACCCGUUGGUCAUCAAGCGGUUGCUCUACGUGUUGGUCAUGAUGGUCAUUGUGUUUGGGAUAUCCAAGUAUGGCUCGAACGACACCCUUUCCGGCGUCACUUCAGGAUUCGCCAGAGGCAAGUUUUACGACGUUGAGAAACUAGCGGGGACAGUGGGGAAAUUGAUCGAUACCAAGGCCAUGAAAGAGCACCUUGAGUAUUUUUCGUCCAUACCGCACAUGAGUGGCUCCAAAGGAGACUUGGCCUUGGCCAGGUACAUUGAAAAGUAUAUGAAGAAUAACGGUUUGCACAACGUUGAAAUCAACGAGUUUCAAAGUUUCAUAAACUACCCCAGCAAGAAGGAUACAUUUCUACGGCUAGCCGAUGGCUCGUUCGAGGCGACAUUGUUUGAGAAACAUAACGAAAACAUGGAGUUUCUUUCGUUCAACCCGAACGGGUUGAACACGGUGGAAACAAUCACCACCGAGUAUUUGUAUGUGAAUUUCGGCCGAGACGAGGAUUUCCAGCGAUUGACUGAACACGGGGUCAACGUCAAGGGCAAGAUUCUCUUGGUCAAAUAUGGAGGCAACGUUCCCGAACCAAAUAAAAUUUUUACCGCUGCCAAGCAUGAAGCGAAAGCAGUGGUGUUUAUCACUCCCAAGCUCGAGGCGCUGGAUAAUGCAAUCCAAAGAAGCAAUGUUGGCUUGACAAGAAUGGCCUCGGGCGACAUUCUAACUCCCGGCUGGUCCUCGGAAGACGGCUACGUCUCGAGGUUGUCUUGGGAAAAGUCGGAAAUAACCCCCAAAAUACCAUCCAUCCCCAUUUCGUGGAAAGACGGGCAAGCACUCGUCAAGAAAUUGUCUGGUGGCUUCAAUUUCGAAGACGGCAGCAGUGGAGAUGGCAAUUCGCCCUCACCCAAAUUGAACCUCAAAGUAAGCGACACCGAUAGACCUGUUCACCCUAUCUGGAAUGUGGUUGGACUGAUUGGUGGUCGCGAACAAGGCGAAAAGGGCGUCAUUAUAGGAUCGCAGCGAGACGCCCUCUGUUACGGAACCAUGGGAUGCAACACCGGGGUGGCCGCGUUCCUUGAGCUUAUUAAAAUAUUCACAUCAUUGCAAAGGCGAUACCAAUGGUCGCCAUCGAGAUCGAUCCAUUUUGUCUCGUUUGAUGCCACAGAUUAUAAUCUUGCCGGAUCAACCGAGUGGAUUGAAAACCGCAAGGAGCCGUUGAGAAAAGACGGCUAUCUCUAUAUCGACCUCAGCGAUUUGGUCACGGGGGACGAACUUCACAUCAACAUGCACCCAUUCUUGAAAGAAGUGCUCCAUGACGCACUUGGCAAAGUAACCACGGGCGACAAGACAUUGCUCAGUUUGAUAGAAAGCCAAGGCGGUGCAAGCAUCGAGAAUACCUUUAUGGAAACGAAAAACUACUUGCCAUUCAUCAAUCUUGUGAAUAUGCCGGCUUUGGAAGUCAAAUACCGAGGCAAGAACAACCAGGUCAAGAACACGUGCUACGACAAUUUCCAGCACUUUGAAGAUUCCGAUAUUGACCGCCUGAUGCUGAAGCACUCGCAGCUCGUUGAGCUCAUAGCACGAAUAGUCAUGGAGUUUGCCGAGGCGCCAUGGAUACCGUACAACUUUCUCGACCUCAGUGACAUGUUGAAUUCAUACGAGCAAGACUUGGAAAAGUACGCGUCGUCGAUCACAGCUUCACUCACCGUGAAGCCGCUUCUCCACUAUGAUGGACUCAAGCGGUCGAUAGCGUUGCUCAAAGACGUCAGCAGCCAAUACCACCAGUGGGUCUCCGAUUGGAAGCUGUUUAUUUUUGAAAGCGGCGGGCUCGAGCCGCCCAUGUAUAGCAUGAUGAGAUGGAGAUGGAAUGAUAACAUGAUUGAUUUCAAUAGCAACUUGCUCAAACGCGAGAUCCACCCAAAGAGGCCCGGUUACAAGAACAUGCUAUUUGGAUUGCCAUUUAAUGCUCCAGCUGAUGAUCCUGGUGAAUUUGCAUGGAACACAAUGCCGUUCAUUCGAGAGGCUUUAUCUCAGGGAGAUUUCAGCCGGGCACAAGAGGAAAUCAACUUGUUGGCUUUAGCCCUAGAAGACGCUGCCAAAUCGUAUCUGAAUCUACAUUAG